AUGAAUGUGCCGGGGAACUCAGAUCAAAUAAAGACGUUGAAACUUCUCCCUCUUCCGCUAGCGCUCUCCAUCCAGGCCAGCCCUGUCGACGAGAAUGCCGACUACGAAAACACGACCUGGUGCAAUCGAGACCUUAUUCCGAUUCCGCCGGAGCGGAGGACGUACGGAGUCUGGUCCUACUUUGGAUACUGGACCGUCUCUGGCGCCUGCGUCUCAGCAUGGUCGACAGGGAGCACGCUGCUGGCAUUCGGAUUGAGCCCGCAGCAGGCAAUAGGCGUGAUUAUCCUCGGCUCCUUUCUCACGGGCUUACUUUCUGUUUUCUGCGGCUGGAUGGGUGAGGUGCAUCAUAUCGGUUUCACAGUGUCCAGCCGAUUCUCCUGGGGAAUGAGAGGGUCCUACUGUACGCCAUUCAGAAGCCCUCAUCCAAAGGGGCCCAACGGCAGAAGGCUGACGAGAGCUACAGUCCCCGUCAUUCUUCGCAGCUUUGUCGGAUGCAUGUGGUUCGGCAUGCAAGCCUUCUGGGGAGGCCAAGCGACGCGGGUUAUGAUCGGUGCUAUUAUACCUGGCUUCGCCCAUAUGAAGAACUAUUUCUCUGCCAGCUCGCACCUGCAAACAAACGACUUUAUUGGGCUGGUGAUCUGGAUGGCGGGUUUUAUUCCCGCUGUCCUGAUAAAACCCGAGAAACUGCAAAUCCCGUUCUUCUCUUGCUUUGUGCUUUUCUGUGGAACCUGCUUUGGGUUGCUUAUUUGGUCCGUCUCUCAAGCGCACGGCGCAGGCCAGCUCUUCCACGAGCCCGGGACAGCGCCCAAUACCGGUUGGGCUUUUAUGUUUGGAAUCACCGCAAUCCUCGGCUCCUGGGGCAGCGGGACACUCGGUCAGUCAGACUGGGUGCGGUACUCAAAGAGACGAUAUGCACCUACCUUAUCUCAGCUGGUGGCGUGUCCGAUGACAAUCUCCAUAACGGCAACGAUCGGAAUUAUUGUUACAAGCGCGAGUAACCAGAUAAUGGGUGGAGAGAUCCAGUGGAAUCCCAUUUACCUGCUGGCAGAUGUGCAGGAAUACUAUGGAAGCAGUCCGCGUGUUAGGGCGGGGGUCUUCUUCGCCAGUCUUGGCUGUGUCGCAAGCCAGUUCUCGAUUAGCGUAGUGCUAAACAGCGUCAGCACGGGGAUGGACCUCGCCGGUCUGUGGCCGCGAUACCUAAACAUCGUGAGGGGCAGCUAUAUCAUGGCCAUUAUUGGAAUAGCUACUCAACCCUGGCAGCUCAUCUCAACCGCGACUAAAUUCUUGUCCGUACUGAGUGGCUUCGGCGUCUUUAUGGCUCCGGCAACUGGCCUAAUGUUAGCGGACUACCAUAUCAUUCGACGACACUGCCUAAAACUGUCAGAUCUGUACAUUGGCUCACCAUCCAGCAUCUACUGGUUCAGUCACGGAGUGAACUGGCGCGCGCUGGUUGCGUUUACCGCUGGGAUGUGGCCGCUUCUACCCGGCCUCGCAGCAAACGUGAACUCGUGGACUGAAGACAAAUGGACCGGGUGGCUGCGGCUGUAUAAUCUGACGUUUAUCGUGGGUUUAACGAUUAGCCUGCUGGUAUUUUGGGUAUUGAAUUUACUAUUCCCGGUGCUGGGGACGGACUUGGAUGGACCUUUUGUGUUGCAGGGAGUGGAUGGGGGUUGCGAUGGAUGUGAGAGAAGCUCUGGGACUGCUAUCCCAUCCGAAGCUGGGAAUGAAGAGUUGCCUGCGGCAACAGAACAGAAGACAGCCAAAGAAAAGAGGGCAGAGGUUUCCGUCGUCUAA